AUGAACAACCUCGCAAGUCAGAACAACCAUAUCAGCCAAUGUGACAAUGUGGCAGAGCGGAAGACAACCUCAAGCUAUAUCCCUCGCCGAGACAGCCGGCCUUCGAGAAGGAUGACGUGUUUAGUCAACACGGUCGGGUCGUCCAAAAGAUGCCCGGACGAGUUUGCCGCAGAUCUGCUGGUCCUGGCUGAAGUGGCGCUGAAGAAGCAUGACCUGAGAAAGAUCCGCAGCAUCACUCAGGAACUGGAGCAGAGGAGCAAGAACAAUGAGACAGAUGAGGACGAAGUAGACGUAGCCGAAAACGACGACGAGACCGUCUACCCGUCUCUCUUUGCCGGACUGUUCCACCGCGUCACCUGUGACGAGGGCCACAAACUGAAUUAUUAUCGAACCACGAACUCCAUCGCCGUCGACGAACUCUACACCCCUAAGAAGUGGAUUGUACCUGCCAACCCCAUGGUCAAUCGAAUUCCUAAUCUCUUGGGCUACCUUUACCGCUUUUUGGGAUCCAAAGUGGACCUCCGACGUUGA